AAAUGAGGAGCAGUUAAAGCAGCAGCAGCAACAGCAGCAGCAGCUCCUCUGACAGCUUUAAGUUUAGUGGAUUUAUAAAGCCUUUGCCUCCACUAACCAACUGCUCACGAAGGGUUCAUUCUGCCGUUGACAGGCAUAUCUCAUGAUAGCCUGACUUGUCAGAUGUGGGCCAAAUAAAUAGGGGUGGGCUGUGGUAAGAGGAACAGGAAGAGAGGAGACGAGAGAGAGAAGGUAGCAAUGCAGACAGAAAGGGCGAGAGCUCGUCACGUCGGCAUGUGAAAUCCUUCACAGCAGAUUUUUUUUUUUCUCCUUCUCUCUCUUCACAAAGAUAUUGACGAGCCGAGUGAUGACCUGAAAAUGUUGCACUCAGCCUGUGGUGACUUCAAGAGAUGAUGUUUUGAGGAGAUAAAAAAAAGUCCAAAAGAGAAAGGGUUCGACAUCGAUUAAUGGACUGCUCAGAGAUCUCCGUUGAAAUGGCUGAAGAGGAGCCGCUCGUCAUCACUGAAGACGGCGACAUAGUCGAGGGUGCCUCUGAAAAAGGGGCUGCGAUCAGCUCUGACGUUGCUGAACAAAGCUGUGGCGACAAAUCUGCACUCAUGGGGAAAGAGGACGAAAAGCAAGAAGAUGUAGCGAGUGAAAUAUGUUUGGGAGCGCAAAACUUGGAAGAACAACAACACAUUGACGCAGGAGAGGACAAGCAACAGAAUGAUAAACCAGAGAACACAAAUGAUGGACAGAAUGGAGGUGACAGCGAGAGAGAAGAGCAGACACAUGAAAAACCUGAGAAACCCGGCAACACAGAGGACGAAAAAGUCCCUCAAGAUGAGCCUCAAGUAACGGAGUUAAAUUCCCCUGAACAACCACCCGAAGGGGAACAGAACCAAGGAGAUCAAACGAAGGCUCACCGAUUAACCCCCGACUUCCCAGAGUCUCUGUACGAGCUGCUCUGCACCCUCCAGGAGGGGAGACGGCUCAACGACCAGCGCUGCUCCUUCAGGCUGCAGAGCGGGAUGAGGAGGAGGUGCCACUCCGAGCCCAACACAUCCAAACCGGCCAACAGAGUCGUCUUUUCCUCCAUGACUUCACUGCAGAAGGAGGAGUUUUUUGACCUGGUGGCCACUGCACAAGCACGCCGCCUGGAUGAUCAGAGGGCGCAGCUCGGAAGGGCCAUGCCACCAAAACCAAAAGGCAGAAGUUUCAGAGGAAGCAUAAAACAGCUGUCUAUGAAAAAACACACACCCGCACCCGCACCCGCACCGGUACCUGCGCCUAAAGAGGAUCUGUACGACAUGAUUCUCACGACACAAGCCCAGGGCAGGCUUGAGGACCAGCGCAGCAGGGCUCCCGGCCCCAUGGACGACGAGGACUUCUUCUCCCUGCUCCUCAGGGUUCAGGGGGGCCGCAUGGACGAGCAGAGGACUGAACUACCCCGUCUGCUGCAAACCUGAGUCAGAAAAACAAGGAACUGUGGGGCUGCUGUGGGAGGAAAUGUCGCAUUUUUGUUAUGACUUCCUGUUAACAGGUGGCAUUUUUGACUCAAAUGAUGCUUUGUUCAGGGAUUUUCUUCCCUCUUUUCAAUACUGGUCAGUGUUAAAAUUGUCAAGAUUGUAGCAAAAACGCUAAUCUUUGAGCAAAAGUAGCUUUUAAUAUAAUUUGACUUCUCAUUCCUGAUGAGAAUCUUCUAGUAAGGGGUUAAUGUGUUUAAUGGAUAUACUUUCUUACAGGAAUACUUUGCAUUUUACUGAAUGUUUGCAAUGAGCCGUUGAAUGGUUGCUGUGCGUGCAUGGAGGAAGUCUAUUGAUCUGAUACUGUUUUUUCUUUAUUUGUACAGUAGAUAUGGUAAUUAAACUCAUCACGAAUGUUGGUGAGGAGAUUUUAGCUCCAAUGCCAAAUGAGCUUCACUUUGUAUUGAUAAUUCUCCCCCCAAAUAAAUAAACCAAAUGUUUAUUUGA